GACAGACAUGUGAAUUUGUUAUUUUGUUUAACUAUACAAAUAUUUUAUUUUGGUUAAAUUUUUCUUGCUUACCAGAUCAAUAUCAUCAUAGUGUUAAGGGCUUGAAUGUUGGACGUCGUAAGUUGUGCCUAAUACAUAUAUUGAAAAUGGCCAAAUCUUCAAUUGUGUUGAGCUUCCAUAGUAUAUUACUUCAUCAGUCAGAUAUUCAUCUUUUGAAUGGACCAUACUGGCUGAAUGAUACUAUAAUAUCAUUUUACUUUGAAUACUUAGAGAAAAAGACAUUCAAAAAUGCUAAAGAACUAUUGUUUGUAUCACCAGAAGUGACACAAUGUAUAAAGAUGGUUCAAACAGAUGAAAUAGCAACAUUUCUAGAACCUCUUGAAGUAAGUAAGAAACAAUUUGUGUUCUUUGCACUAAAUGACAAUGAUACACCUGAUAUGGCCGGUGGCUCACACUGGAGUCUUCUUGUUUAUUCAAAACCGGAAGCCUGUUUUUACCAUUUGGAUUCUUCAUAUGUGACCAAUCAUAAAGCUGCUUGGGAACUUGCUAGUCAUCUAAUACCUUAUCUAUCUAAGGGUAACAUCAAUUUUGUGACUAAAGAUUGUUUGCAACAGAGCAAUGGUUAUGACUGUGGUGUUUAUGUCUUGUGCAACGCUGAAAGGCUUGCUCACCAUGCACAUCAAACGGGACAGAUUGCUAGCUGUGAAAUGCUCGACAAGAUCAGCCCCUCUGCUAAGAGGAAAGAAAUAUUAAAUCUAGUCCAUAAACUCGCUGAAUCUGAAUAAAAAAUGUUACAUAAAUGUUGUACAAUAGAGUAAUAGACAAUGCUUUUGUUGAGACUAAUUUAUUAAAAUUCUAAUCGAUUAUGUUUGGCCAUUUUUUUUCUGGAGAAAAUGCUCUCAUUUGAAAUUUUCGAUGUGUAUUUUUAAUCUGUGUUGUUUUGAUGAUAUUACCUUGACAUUAUUGUGCUCUAUGAUUUUUACUCAUCAUUUGAGUGCCUAAAUAUCUGAAGCAUUCAGAUGUUUUAGAUUAGUUGGAGAUUACUGAAAUCGUUAUAAAUAGAACUGGCUGUCGCUGUUUAUCUUAGGCAAUAUAAAAAUCGAAAAUAAGAUUUGGUAAGACGCCAUUUAUAAUCUGCCCAUGCAUAAACAAUAAUAUUGCUGGAUGACAGUAUAUGUAGGUACAAUCUGAAAGCUACUUCAUAUAAUGGGGCUAUAGGUAUCUACUGAGAGGUUCCAAUUUUAAAACUGCUCACUGUGGUCUUUAAAGACAAAGAGCCUCCUGUCUUUCAUGACUUGCUACAAGGGUAGCAAGUAGAGACUGGCUGGGUUACUGUCAAAAAUUAGUAACUUUAAAUAAUAGUCCACUAUUAGAUUUUUAUUUAGGUACUAUUAUUAGUAUUAGUUUGUCCAGAUGAAACUAAUUGCGUUACGUGAACCAUGUGAUUGGUGAAUCGCGGCAUAGCUCUUCUCCGCUCUACUCCGCUCCGCCUCAAUGGAACUGCACCCUUACGAAGAUGGUCACAUCCAAACCUAGGCCCUAGAAAUCAACAAUUUGUGAUAUUUGUGGCGUUAUACAACAUAUAUGUAUAUUGAUCACUGAGAGAAAAAGCAUCGAUUUUAUUUGAAUUGGGGAUGGGAAGGAACGCAAAAAAGCCUUUUAUCUUACGGAAAUCGAAGAUUCUUUGGGGGUUAGUGUAGGUACAGCUAACUUCUCUAGAUAACUAACUGUUAUGCAUGUAAAAGGUUUUUAAUCAGACAAUAGUCACUGGGAACCAUACCAAAUAAUAGUCAUGAAUGUAUUGAAAAUGAUUUUAUUACAUUUUGCCUUUCGUAUUUAGUAGGCUAAGCAGAUAUUUCCCAGUAGGUACUCAGGUACGAUCUAAUACAUAUCAAAAGGAAUAUUUUGUCAUUCGUUUCAUUCAAAUAAGUAGUUACUGAUUUAACAAUUUCAGCUUUAAAUACACUUUGAGUUUUUCGUAAAAAAUACAUUAGUAACAAAUAUAAGAUCAUGAUUAGCUUCUUCUAUUUUACAAGUAGGUAGUAACUUAGAUAAAAUUAUUAUCAAAACGAAACCAUGUCUGUGAAACCAUGUUUCUUAUUAAGUAAAGGUACACUUUUUUAUGGAAAGAGAACAGUAAUUCAUCACUAAGUAGUAAAAAUCCUUGUACCACCCAUAGUCGUUCGUGUCUCAAUGCCACCACACAUCUAAAAAGAUCUCACAUAAAUAAGAUUAUUAAUAAAAUAUCAUUAUAAAUUAAAUCUCACUACAAAUAACAUUUAAGGCAAUAUAGAAAUAUGUUAAAUAUUACAAAAAAUAUUGUGACAUGCACUUAGCGUUAAUAAAAUGUAAUGCUUUACGAAAAUGAUUAUUUACGAUUUUUGGGGUUCAACCCAACCUCCAAAAGCUUGGUUUAAUUCCUCAGCUACGGCAAAACAUAAUCUAUCUUGGUUGUGAUUGGCUAUCACUUGGAUUCCAAUUGGUAAACCUUCCCUACUUAGGCCUAAUGGCACCGUCGUUGAUGGUAAUCCUAAACAGUUAAUGAUGGCAGUGUAACAGAAGUUGAAGGGUCGGACGAGUGGUUCGUUGUGUAACGGUGCGGUUGUCGGAUGAGUUGGGAAGAAGAAUACGCCGUCAUCGCCCAGCAGAUUAACAAAUAUCAUCUCUAACUCAUCACGAAGUUUCAAAUAAUGCUUGUAUCUCUCGCUUCCAACCUCAGCACCUCCGUAGUCGAAGAGAGCCGUAAAAAGCCCAAUGAAUGUGUUGCCAGAAAGUCCAAAUGCAUUUUUCACCAUCUCAAACAAUAUCCUACCUAUGCUGUCGUUGGGCAUAAUAAAUUCACCAAACCUUUUCGUACUUUUCAUGUUUGCGAACCAAAUGGCCAUUGAUUUGCGCAGUAAUGGUAUCUUCUUCUCCUGCGCUUCUAUUUGAUACUGUUUUUUAAAGAAUUCUGUGACCUUUUUCAUGGCCGCUAUAAUUUCUGGAUCAACAGCGUCCACCAACGGACCACCUGUGCUAAACUGAUAGAAAUACCUGAGUUUUUUAAUAUCGACAGGCUCAUCUAGGUUUAGUUUCUUAGCGUUGUGUCCUGCUAUAAUUUUCAUGAUGGGCUUCAAGUCCACCGCAUGUCUGGUCAUUGGACCAAUACCUGGAAAAAGCAAU